AUGGCAGAGCAACGCAGAGUGAAAAUGCUUACCAAGCAACGCAUAAGCAUCGAACAAUCCGUCGACGCUAUUCAUACUUUUGUCAUACACUUCCAGGACGAUUCCAGCAGCAACGAAAUAACAGUUCGUUUAGAUACCCUUGAGAAGCUGUGGGAAAAAUUCCUUAAAGUGCAGGACGACUUGGAAAUUUUGGAUGAAGACCUGUUUGAAGAUCAUCUGAAGAAGCGUACGGAAAUGGAAACCAAAUAUUACAAGGCGAAAGGUUUCUUAGAAACGAAGGUGAAAGAAACAUCAAAGGAAACCUCGAAAGAUCACCUAGCAGCGUGUCACUUAACAGAAAUGAUGGCUCGAGUGAAACUGCCUGACAUAAAACUUCCUGUAUUCGAUGGAAAGCAGCUAAACUGGCUUAGAUUUCAUGAUCUAUUUCAGUCCAUGAUCCAUACGUCAACAACACUCUCUGAUACACAGAAGUUUUAUUAUCUGCGAUCUUCGUUAAGUGAAAUUGCCCUGCAGUUAGUCCAGAGCGUGCCUAUCACAGGUAACAACUGCAACACUGCUUGGAAUAUCCUCCUCGACCAUUACAACAAUGCGGACCAAUUGAAGCAAAGUUAUGUUGAGGCACUAUUCAAACCGUUUGUACUCAAACGAGAAUCAGCGUCUGACCUCCGCAAGCUCGUGGAUAGCUUCGAGGCAAAUGUAAAAGUUCUAAAGCAAUUGGGAGAGCCCACUGAGCAUUGGGACACGUUGCUUAUCCAUCUACUUGCUCAGCAAUUGGACCCUACUUCACUACGUGAUUGGAAAGAAGCUGCAUCAUCGAUCCCUAACAUGAAGUAUGCAGAUUUUAUCAAAUUCAUACAACGAAGGAUCACAGUGCUUGAUUCUCUCACGCCACAUAGCAUUGGCGCUUCACCUCAACCUUCUUGAACCGGCAACACUGGCUGAACCCGACAACAUGCUGUUUUAGUAGCACGUCGUCCGUCACUGCCACCUCUGGGCAUCCGAAAAAUGCGACCAGCCCCAGAUUGACCACCUUAUCAUCGAUAGAAGGCACUUCUCGGAUAUUAUCGACGUACGUACAUACAGGGGAGCAAACAUCGAGUCAGACCAUUUCGCCCCAAUUGUGCGUAGCCAAUAAACUAAACUAUUAGCCUACCCCAAGGAUAAACAUAGAUCGGUUGAGACAAGCUGGUGAGGUGAAGGACUUCGCGACCGCGCUUGUGGAAACGCUGCCGGAGGACACCACCAUCGAGGCGAUGUCCUCCAAUGACCAUUGGAGUAUGACCAUUGACGCAAGCCAUCAGCAGCACAGAGGAUCGAACAAUUGGCCGCGUAACUCGUAACCAAAAUAAGGAAUGGUUUAACGAUGAGAGCAGACGAGCACUAUCCAAGAAGAACGCAGCGCUUACUCGUAUGCUCCAGCGCAAGACCCGCCAGGACGUAGAAAACUAUAGACGACUGAGAAGGCUGCAGUCCCGACUCUUCCAGGAGAAGAAGCGCAGCUUCGAAGAAUCGGAUGAGCAACUGAUGCAGCAGCUAUAGCAGGUAGCACUACAGAAUGUUGAUUGCUAAACGAAGCGGAUUUAUUCCCAUGAACGCCAUGUGUUGCAACGAGGUGGGAGAUAUCCUUUCGGACGAGCGAGAGAUGAUCGACAGGUGAAAGUACUACUUAGACAAACACCUGAAUGUAGCAGAUGCAGGAUAUACCGAACCAGGCACAGGAAGCAGAAGAAAGCAAGAAAGCCAUCAUGAUGUGCCCCAGCCAUCCUUGGACGAAGUCAUCAGUGCCAUCAAACAUCACAGUCCUGAAUGCCGUCUAUAAGAAUCUGUCCCGAAUACUCUUCUGCAGACUUGCACCCCUUGCCACAGAUUUCGUCUGAAGCUACCAAGCUGGAUUUGUAGCACGGAAAUCGACCACCGAGCUAAUCUUUACUCUGCGGCAGAUCCUACAAAAGUGCCGAGUGCACCUGUUCAUUGUCUUCAAAGUGGGUUACGAUACCAUAGAUCAGAUCGAACUAUGGCACACCACGCAGCACUACGGAUUCCCAAGUAAGGUGGUACAGCUGUUGAAGGCCACUAUGGACGGGGUGCAGUGUAAGGUGCGAGUGUCGAGCAUGCUGUCGGAAUCGUGUGAAUCUCACCGGGGUCUGAGGCAAGGGGACGGACUCUCCUGUUUGCUGUUUAACAUCGUUCUGGAAGGUGUCAUGCGAAGCGCGGGCUUCGACAUCCGGGGCACGAUUUUCGUUCUUUCUUUCAAAUUUCUCGGCUUCGCAGAUGCCAUUAAUAUCAUCGGACGAACAUUGGCGGCGGUGUGCGACGUGCUCUCCCGAGUGAAAGGAGAGGACGACAUAAUUGGAUUGAGGAUCAAUGCGACAAAGACAAAGUACCUGCUUGAUGGAGGCUCUGACCUUGAUAGCGCCCGACUCGGAAGUAGAGCAUCAGUUGACGGCGACGAUCUCGAGGUGGUAGAGAAGCUCUGCUCCUUUGGUACGAUUGUAACUUUGGACUAUAAUAUAAUCAGCACAAUCCGAAGGUGCAUUGCGCAGGGAAAUCGUGCCUACUACGGGCUCCACUAACUCGAUCUACUCGCAACGCAGAAGACUCCAGCAAUAUACAAAAAGCACGAUAUAUCGCACACUGAUACGUCCGGUAGUCCUCUACGGGUAUGAGUGCUGGACUAUGUUAACGGAGAACGUCCAUGCCCUCGCCAUUUCUGAACGGCCUAUCGUACCUAUCAAAGAUCGGACGCAACCGUGGAUGGCGGACUGCAGACGUACACCGAGUUUCCUGGAAACGGAUUCGAGACCUGGCCAUGUCUUCGCGACGUGCUCGACCCUAAGCAGGCCAACAAGACGAAGAACCGAAUCAUGAGGUUCUCCAAACAUACUUGAGGACAACAGCGCAGGGCCUGUAACACUGCCUCAAGUCAUGAUCGUAUAAAUUUAACGUCCAAGUAAGUAUGGCAGAGGAGGGUGUUGCUGGAGAUCUCACAAUCCCUCAUACUUGAGAGUGUUGAAAGUUCCUUCACCAUUACACGUUAGGCCUGGCGUUUUACUCACGAAAUUUUUUUUUCUGGGAAUAGUAUUGCUCUACCAUCAUAUUACAUUUGUUUUUUGUAAAUAAUUAAUCAUGCAGAAUAUUACAAAUCCACUCAUACAUACUAGUAGCUAGUUUGUUUAGAAAUUGAAAUACAAAAAAGGUUUUGUUGCAGUUUACUACAGUUUAUUCGGAAAGCAGUAUUGGUCAUACAGCGGUAUUCGGUGUUUUCCCGUAAGUUGUGUCGUUCAAGUAAGAAGCUUUGACUCCAGUUUAUCCCAAAAGCUCACUAUUAAUAGUAAGAGCCGUAAGAUCUGGGAUAAUGCAUACGGGAAAAUAGAUAAUCAUAUGGAUGGUUAAUGUUGACAAAAUGACGAUGACUGGUGCGAUGAAGACCAUAUCCAUGGAGCUCAUUCAGAGGCGAUACAUAGCCAGUGUAGUGCGGAUACGUACUGAGACAUCCUUUAAGAACAGAAUAUCAAUUUGAGUAGAGUUUCGUAGCUAAAAGGCCGUGGGUGACUUACCUGAGUAGACUUGAGUGGCACAAGCGACGAACAGGACGAGAGCAAGGAUCGACUUCAUGGUUGCAAGAUGGUUGGUUGAUUUGUUUGAAGGUUGUUUAGAUGUGUAAGCUAGCGGUUGAGCCGUUUGGAUGAUGAUUCCAAUCCGCUGCGACUGCUUAUAAAUGAAAAUAAUAACGUUUUCCAAUACAAGGUAUUGUUUAGCGUUGGCGUGCGAUACGGCUCUGUGACAUGUUUUGUGUAGUUAGGAAAAAAAUGAAUUAAAUGUUGCAACAAUUGUUAAAAGAUACCUGAACGUUGAUGACACUUAAAGCCAGUACAGAAGAUAAACGCAUAUUCUUUAUUAAACGUGCUAUUAGGUGUAUAUUAUUGACAAGUAUCAGCAUUGCACACCAGAUGAUGCUAUGCAACUCACGUGUAGGUGUUCUGCGCUUUGUGAACACUAAAUGUAACAUGGCAUUAUUUGCAACAUUAUGAAUAAAGAAUGUCAUUAUCAUAUUCACUAUUUACAGUUAUAACAUGUUAUUCGCAAUUAUACUUUCUUUCGAAUGUGUUGAUGAAAAUUCAUUUCAUUUGUAAAAAAUGUCCUUCCUUAUCUUAACAAUCAGCUUAACAGAUAUAAUCUUAUAAUCUAGUAAUUAAGUAACUAAUAUUAUAUAUUGGUAUAAAUAUAUUGGUAUAAAUAUAACUAAAACUAAUUACUACGAAACUAAACAAACAAAUGAUGCAUGGAGUGGUUUAUAACUCCUAUAGGGUUGUAGAAAGAAAGGAAAGAUGGUUGAUCAGUAUCUUAGCAAUGAAAAUAGCUUGCGUAGAGGUUUGUGCACUUUAACCACUACAAUGUUUAUAUUGUAAUAAAGAAAUUUAGUUUCUUUCAAUUUAAUACUUAUCGGACUUCUUGUUAACACACUUCACUUUACUUUACUUUACACUGUAAAGUUUCCUUUUAAGUUUGGAGUCAUCGAGGCCUUACCUUGGGUAGGGGUACUCUCGAUGCUCUUGAAAUAACAACACGAUUAUUUAAUCUGGAAUCCCAGUUGUGAAUCUGAUCAUUGACAACUGUCAAUUUGCGAUCGAUCACUGGAGACUGACCGCGUGCUAACAGUUUUGGUUUAUUUUAUACUGUGAGUUGUGUAGGUGUACAUGGUUUUUACAUAAGGGCUUAUGUAUCGAAUGAUUCUAUUUCUGUGUUUCUAUUUUCUUGUAAUAAUUAUUUAUGCGUUUCUGUAAUUUUCGGCUGAUACGCAUUAGCACAUAAAUCAAGCGUCGAGUGGAUAUUACGAAGGAGGGCUAAGGAAUGGAAACUGAAGUAACCUUUUCAAGUGCAACCAACAGGAUAUUUCAGGUGCUUUAUGAUCGUUGUUCGUGCAAUCCACGAAUGUGUCAGCCAGGUGAUUCCCCGUGUGUUGCUACCUACCUUUCAACCGGAGAAGAGUGACAGCAGCGCACGGGAAGAAGGAUGACAGUAGAAAAAAGAGGAAGUAGUGAACAACCGCGUGGAACGAGAACGAGGAAAAUUCAGAGCUAUAAAACCGAAAAUAAAGAAAAUAUCCACUGAGCAUUCGACAUUUUGGUGCUUCGAACCGGAUCUGUAAUCAUGGCAGAGCAACGCAGAGUGAAAAUGCUUACCAAGCAACGCAUAAGCAUCGAACAAUCCGUCGACGCUAUUCAUACUUUUGUCAUACACUUCCAGGACGAUUCCAGCAGCAACGAAAUAACAGUUCGUUUAGAUACCCUUGAGAAGCUGUGGGAAAAAUUCCUUAAAGUGCAGGACGACUUGGAAAUUUUGGAUGAAGACCUGUUUGAAGAUCAUCUGAAAAAGCGUACGGAGAUGGAAACCAAAUAUUACAAGGCGAAAGGUUUCUUAGAAACGAAGGUGAAAGAAACAUCAAACGAAACCUCGAAAGAUCACCUAGCAGCGUGUCACUUAACAGAAAUGAUGGCUCGAGUGAAACUGCCUGACAUAAAACUUCCUGUAUUCGAUGGAAAGCAGCUAAACUGGCUUAGAUUUCAUUGUGGCGACCAAUAGCCAAUAGCCAGGACACAGAGAAGCGCCAUCUAGGGUCAAUAACGAGAACAAGCAAAAUUGUCUAGUGGGUGCCAUAUGGUGCGAACAAGUAACAAAGGACUUAGGGGAACAAAAGAAUAUGCGAAAACAGACAGGAUCAAACACGAAAUCGUUCAAAAACACGGAAAUAGGAAAGUUCGAGACAUGGCCAGCACAAUAUAAAAGCGGCGGCAUGUCCGAACUAAGUUAGUUAUCGUUAUACCGUCAACCGACAAGCAUCUCGCUGCAGCCCCGAAGGAAGACCGAAGGACGACCAAAGAAGUGGCCAAGUACCAAUCGACAAAGAAGGAAGGAAGAACAAAUACAAGGGCUCCGAACUACGGAAUAACCCCCCAAAA